AUGCCUCCUGCUGAGCUCAGAGCGGCUCUUGAUCGAGAUGGCUUCGUGCGAAUCCCUCAAGCAUUUACGCUGUCCGAGGUAGAGCACUUCAGAGCCGCAUGCCAGCGCACAGUUGCGGCAGCGAGAAACGGACAAUGGAAGUACGUGCGGACGCUUCCAAAGCAAUUUCCUCCGUGGAAUCCCUCAAGCUUCAGCACAAUUGCACUGACGUUCAUCGCAUGCCUUUGGGGCGUCCAACAUCUACUUCAUCCUGACAUGCCUGAGAGGAAUACCUUCGCUGAAAGCUAUUUUGGUGACAAAAUGGUCGACGCCGUCACCUCAUUACUAGACUGUUCCAGAGAUGACCUGGUGAUGGAACUUUACAAUAUGCUUGUUACUCCUCAUUAUGACUGGUCUCUACGAUGGCAUCGUGAUGAUAUUGGGCCGGAUAUCAGUCCUGAAGAGGAGCUCGAGCGUCUCCAGGAACCAAUGUUGCAUGCGCAAUGGAACUUAGCGCUUUGUGAAGACCAGUCUUUAAUAGUGGUUCCAGGCUCCCAUAAACGUGCCCGCACACCAAUGGAGCGCGGAGCCGAUCCCUAUGAGGAUGAUAUGCCGGGACAGCUGGCUGUAAAGGUAUACCCGGGUGACAUUGUGUUCUACAAUAAUAAUCUCCUUCACCGCGGAGUUUACGAUAGUAGAACAGAACGCAUGACUUUACAUGGAACGAUAGGAAUGAAGGGCUCUGAUCCGGCUCGAGCGAGAAAUAUACUACAACAUGGUAUAGGCAAGUGGGCCGCUCAGUGCGACUUCCAUGCCCUUCCUAGAGAUAUAGCCAAGCUGGCAGAAAAUAUGAAGCAGCGUCUGCUGCAAAUGGGCUCUGGCGACGAUGUUGGUUUCUCCCAGCAGGACUCUUGA